UUCAACACUACUCACCGAGGAGGAGAGAGAGAGAGAGAGAGAAGAGAAGAGGAAAAAGAGGAAAGAGCGCCAUGAAUCGAAGGAACACGUUACUCCUCAAGAUUCUCCUCUUCCUCUUCAUCCUCAACUCCAUUUCUCUCUUCCUCUACUUCCUCACACACUCUUCCAAUUCUUCACGCUCCAACACCAACCUUAACAAUCAAAUUCCUCUCCUAAGAUCGCAGCAGCAACAACAAUCGCACCAUCACUCUUUAAAGCCAUGGCCAAUUCUCCCUUCUUACCUUCCUUGGACCGACGCCGAAGACUCCAAGGCCAACGCCAUAACCCGCUCCUGCGAGGGCUACUUCGGGAACGGCUUCACGCGCCGCGUCCAGGUCCUCCACGGGCCCGGGUGGUUCCGGUGCUGGUACAGCGAGACGCUACGGAGCUCGGUUUGUGAGGGCGGGAGGGUUAGGAUGGUCCCUGACAGGAUCCGGAUGGCGAAGGGCGGGGAGGCGUUGGUGGACGUUAUGGGAAGGGGAGAGGAUGAGGAGCUUCCUGCGUUCCAAAACGGUGCGUUUGAGGUUGAUGGCGGUGACGGUGUUGGAGCGGUGGAGGGGAAGACGUUGGUGGAUCGUGAGUUCUUGGAUCGGUAUUUGCCUGCGGGUGGGAUCCAGAGGCAUACUAUGAGGGAUUUGAUUAGUAAGAUCCGAGUUGUUAGAGAGAAGGAUUUUGCUUGUGAUGAGUGGUUUGAAGAACCAACGCUUCUGGUGACGCGUUUUGAGUAUGCUAAUCUUUUUCACACUAUUACAGACUGGUAUAGUGCAUAUGUUUCUUCUAGAGUCACAGGCCUUCCUAAUCGACCUCAUGUUGUCUUUGUAGAUGGCCACUGCGAGACUCAACUUGAAGAGACAUGGAAAGCGUUAUUCUCAAGUGUUAGAUAUGCUAAAAAUUUCACUGGCACAGUUUGUUUUCACCAUGCCAUUCUCUCACCUCUGGGAUAUGAAACCGCAAUGUUUAAAGGACUAACAGAAGAAGUAAAUUGUGAUGGAGCUUCUGCACAGGAACUGUGGCAAAACCCUGAUAACCACAAAACUGCACGCAUUUCUGAGUUUGGAGAAAUGAUCAGAGCAGCAUUUGGGCUACCACUAAAUGCAUACCAUUCUACAAAACCAGUCUCUGGACAUAAUGUUCUUUUUGUUCGUCGUGAAGAUUACUUAGCUCAUCCACGUCAUCGUGGUAAAGUCGAAUCAAGGUUAAGCAAUGAGGCAGAAGUAUUUGAAUCCUUCAAGAGCUGGGUAUCUAAUUAUAAUGGUUGUAAAAUCAACCUGGUCAAUGGAUUGUUUGCACACAUGUCUAUGAAGGAACAGGUACGAGCCAUUCAAGAUGCAUCAGUCAUCAUUGGUGCACACGGUGCCGGCCUCACUCACAUAGUAUCCGCAUUGCCCAAAACUGUGAUCCUGGAGAUUAUCAGCAGCCAAUUCAGACGCCCACAUUUUGCGUAUAUUGCCCGUUGGAAAGGGUUGGAGUAUCAUGCAAUCAACCUUGCAGGGUCGCAUGCUGAUCCAGGAACUGUGAUCAAUGAGCUGGCCAAUAUAAUGAAAAGCCUUGGGUGCUGAGUUCUUAGAUUUGAUCUUGAAUCCACUUCUCUCUGAGCUUGAGUAAUGGAAUGGAAGUUGAUAUGUCCUAAUCCAUGGCGAGUGCAAUCUUUUUUACCUCUAAUUGCCGUAAAUUUGGUUACUGCGACUUGGCAAUUGCAAGGCAUAAGAGUUUGAGUCUGACAUAACUGAUUUCAUGCCACACCUAUGUUAUAUUAACUAUUAAGGUUGCAGAUCAGUGACAUUGGAAGGGAGUUUCAUUGAGUUGCAGUGGCAGUUGAACAUCAUUAUUUAAACUGGAUUGGGUUUGCCCUUGAAGGGGUAAAGUAGUAAUGUUGCAGGUCAAUUUUGUGUCCUUCAGUUGCUCCAUGUCUAUUAUAUCAUGCACCAGAGUAUACAGCUGUAUACAGCUAGAUGCGGUAUCAAAGAUUUGCUCCUUGUAAAUUUAUUCUCCCACUCCUACACGGCAGUGUUUGUUGUACAAUAGAUUUGACUCAAUUCACUUGUGGUUUGGUCACAAAAGAAUAGAGCCGUGACUGAAAUACU